GCGGUUCCGCGCCCGGCUCCCAAUGGAGCUGCGCUUGUCGGGCCUCGAUGGCUGUGAGCUCCGGCUCAGCGUCAGCGAGGACACCUUGGGCAUUGAGCUCCUGCAACUCCUCCGGCGCCGGCUGCCCCCGCGGCCCGGGCGAGCGCUGGACGUGGCGUUCGGCUCUGUGCCGCUGGCGCCGCAGCGCAGCUUGCGGGCGCAAGGCGUGACGUCUUCGGCAGUUGGGGUCUUCGCUUAUCGCCGCACUCACUUGCUGAGCGCGUGGAGCGCGCUGCAGGGCCGAGAGAUUGACGAUGACGCGCUGGAAGGAGUCACAGAGAUCUGCUGGGAGAAGGACACUCAGGUGCCUGCGGCCUUUCCAGCCACCUUGCAGAGCUUGACCUUUGGCGGGUGCUUCGACCAAGUCUUGCAGAUAGCUUUGCCCGCCGGCCUCAAGAUCCUGACAUUUGGACAUUCGUUCAACCAAAAGUUGGACGGACUGGUUCUGCCGGAGGGCUUGCACAGCAUCACCUUCGGCUCCAGCUUCAACCAGAGCUUAGAGGCGGUGAGGCUGCCCAGCAGCUUGCAGAGCUUGGAGUUUGGCAGGGACUUCAACCAGAGAUUGUUGAGAGUGGCGCUGCCUGCUGGCUUGCAGAGCUUGACUUUCGGAGAUUGUUUCAACCAGAGCCUCCAGGGAGUGACCUUCCCAGGCAGCUUGCAGAGCCUGACGUUCGGGAUCGGCUUUAAUCACGACUUGCAGGAAGUGGUUUUGCCCGACACUUUGCAGAGCCUUGUGCUUGGCCCGAAGUUCCAUCAAAGCUUGGAGGGGAUGAGACUGCCCAGCCUACUGCGACUUGAGUUCCGGAAUUUCUUUUACCAACGCUUAGCGACUCUCUCAAGCAACCUGCAGUGCCUGAAAUUUCACCGCGGCUUUGACCAAAGCUUAAGAGAAGUGGCUUUGCCCAGCGGCUUGCAGAGCCUCAUGCUUGGAAAGGACUUCAACCAGAGCCUGGAGGGGGUGAUAUGGCCCAGUUUGCUCAGCCUCUCGCUCGGACAAAGCUUCGACAAGCCUUUGAAGAAUGCCGCGCUUCCCAGCAGUUUGCAACAUCUGACCCUGGACGAUAGUUAUGGCCAAAGCUUGCAGGGAAUACCUCCACGCUUGCAAAGUCUGCAGCUUGGGUCAGCUGACAUCUCGGGCGCAAUGCUUCCCCAAGGCCUUCAGAGCCUAAGCUUUUGCCGCCGCUUCAACCAGCGAGUGGAUGGCGUGAUUCUGCCGGAGGGCUUGCAGAAGCUGCGCUUUGGCAGUUACUUCAACCAGAGCUUAGAGGCAGUGAGACUGCCCAGCAGCUUGCAGAGCUUGGACUUUGGCAGAGACUUCAACCAGAGAUUGUUGGGAGUGGCGCUGCCUGCUGGCUUGCAGAGCUUGACUUUCGGAGAUUGUUUCAACCAGAGCCUCCAGGGAGUGACCCUCCCAGGCAGCUUGCAGAGCCUGACGUUCGGGAUCGACUUCCGCCAAGGCUUGCAGGAAGUGAUAUUGCCCGACACCUUGCAGAGCCUGGUAUUUGGCUACAAGUACAACGAAAGUUUGGAUGAAGUGACUUUACCUGGAAGCUUGCAUACGCUGACCUUUGGCAGCUUUUUUAACCAAAGCGUGCGCAGAGUGAGAUUUCCGAGCACUUUGCAGAGCCUGCAGUUUGACCGUCGUUUUGACCAAGCCUUGCAGGACGUCCACAUCCCCAGCUUGCAGAGCCUCACGCUGGGCAGCGAUUUUGACCAGCCCUUGCAGGGGGUGAACUUCCCGAAGCGCCUCGAGCGCUUGACACUGGGCAGGGCCUUCAACCAGAGCUUGCACGGUGUGGAUCUGAGCAACCUGCGCUUUUUGAAGCUGGGGGAGAAGUUCCAGCAAGACCUGGCUGUGCCCAGUGGCCUCCAAAGCCUGGAACUCGGGCAGUGCUACACCCAGCGCCUCAGCGCAUUCGCUUCGGCUUUGCAGUCGGUGAGUGCGGGGGGCGUCACGGUGCGCUGCCCCUGAGGCCUCAGACCGGUAAACAGUUGUUUGCUCCUUCGUUCCGGUUGGAGGGGGGUUGCCCUUUAGCGACCUUUGACAAUUGGAAUUUUGAGCUAGAUGAAGGGCCUUUUUGCAGUUGCUUAAGAUGUGUUUUUUGUUUCACC